GGCUCAACUUUAAACAUCGUCAAACAGCUGCUCCAAGGAACGGUGAAGGGCGGAGCGUCGAGAGUUUGAUCCAUCAAGCCCUCUGGCCCUUUGAUUCACCAACAAAGAAGAGAGGUCGAUGAGCGUUCGCUGGAACUCCGGCGAAAGACGGCGGUGUUGUUGGGCAUUCGUAUACUUUCGGUUGUUGUUGAUCAAAAGCAUUAAUCUUAUAAUAGAUCUGACCUCCUUUUAAAUGGAAUCUGGUGGACACUCUCUUGCAUCUGGCCCUGAUGGAGUGAAGAGGAAAGUAGCGUACUUUUAUGAUCCCGAGAUUGGUAAUUAUUAUUAUGGACAAGGUCAUCCCAUGAAGCCACAUCGUAUGCGAAUGACUCAUGCUCUCCUGGCUAACUAUGGCUUGCUUCAGCACAUGCAAGUUUUUAAGCCAUUUCCUGCUAGAGACAGAGAUUUAUGCAGGUUCCAUGCAGAUGAUUAUGUGGCAUUUCUGAGAGGAAUAACUCCUGAGACUCAGCAGGACCAAAUGAGACAAUUGAAAAGGUUCAACGUUGGAGAAGAUUGCCCAGUCUUUGAUGGUCUGUAUUCCUUUUGUCAGACUUAUGCUGGUGGUUCAGUAGGUGGUUCCGUUAAGUUAAAUCAUGGCCUUUGUGAUAUUGCAAUCAAUUGGUCUGGUGGCCUUCAUCAUGCUAAGAAGUGUGAAGCUUCUGGAUUCUGUUAUGUUAAUGAUAUAGUACUAGCCAUACUGGAGCUUCUUAAGCAGCAUGAGCGAGUUCUCUAUGUUGAUAUAGAUAUCCAUCAUGGGGAUGGUGUUGAAGAGGCCUUUUAUACAACUGAUAGAGUCAUGACAGUUUCUUUUCACAAGUUUGGAGACUACUUUCCUGGAACAGGUGACAUUCGUGACGUAGGAACUGGAAAAGGGAAAUAUUACUCCCUCAAUGUCCCUCUAGAUGAUGGAAUUGAUGAUGAGAGCUAUCAGUUUUUGUUUAAGCCGAUAAUGGAGAAAGUGAUGGAAAUGUUUCGGCCUGGAGCUGUCGUCCUUCAAUGUGGCGCUGACUCCUUAUCAGGUGAUCGGUUGGGCUGCUUCAACCUCUCCAUCAAAGGCCAUGCUGACUGUGUUAAAUAUAUGAGAUCCUUCAACGUUCCAUUGUUGUUACUGGGUGGAGGUGGAUAUACAAUCAGAAAUGUUGCUCGAUGUUGGUGCUAUGAGACAGGUGUUGCACUUGGUAUUGAACUCGAUGAUAAGUUGCCAAUCCAUGAGUACUAUGAAUACUUUGGUCCAGAUUAUGCUCUUCAUGUUGUUCCAAGUAACAUGGAGAACAAGAACUCCAAACAGAUGUUGGACGAGAUUAGAGCAAAGUUGCUUGAAAACCUAUCAAAGCUUAGGCAUGCGCCCAGUGUACAGUUUCAGGAAAGGCCACCAGAAACUGAGCUACCAGAGGAGGACGAUGAUCAUGACAUGAAGGAUGAGAGGUGGGAUCCUGAUUCUGACAAUGAAAAUGGUGAUCCAAAGCAUUUUGAUGAAACUCUGCGGAAGCCUGCACCGAGUGGUAUCCAACAUGUGAAAAUGGAGACUGACCCUAAAGACGUGGAAUUAGCAAAAGAAGUUGGGCCAGAAAACACGAAAGUAGACUUGAUGCUAGAAGACACAAUGUAUUCAAAGGCAUCUGAAACUGAUUCCACUAAAAUGGAAGAAGCAGGGAGUAACAUGGAGACAUGAGACUGUGAGGGGGCCACCAGAUCAAUAUCUUGCAGAUUUUUCAGAUUUGGGAAAUUCACAACUCUGUGAAACAGAUUUUGAGAAUUCACAACUCCACGAAGGAGUGAAGUAUCUGCACUGAUGUUUGCGGUGAUGCCUUGAUUGCUUGACCAGCUGUAGAGGCUGCUGUAAAUUUUCUGGGCAAUUUUGUACUUUGGCACAACUUUGUUGGGAAACUUUUUUCUCUUUUUUUUUUUUUUUCUGUUUUUGGGUCUGUAACGUCGAUAGGUGCAUGGAAGGCAUUUCAUCUAUUGUCAAGAACUAAGCAGGAAUCUGAUUUCAGAUACUUAUCUUGAAAUAAUGGUACCAUUUACUCUGGUUCAUA